UGAACAGAUCCCAUAAGCAAAGCCAGACAAGCAGCACACAGACUAAACGCAGGCAGCACAGGGCACACAUGCCCUGACAGCUGAGGGCUGAGACACCCAGCGUCCAGACAGGCAACCCCGGACACGCCGCACAGCCCCGAGGUGGCGGGGCUGCGGAGGCGGUGCCGACAGCAGGCACAGACAGGGCCGGGCGCUCAUCCCGCCCCGGCACAUCCCCAGCCAGGCAGGCCCCCGACACGCCACCCGAACGCGGUGCCGGGCUGUGCGCACACAGGGCCGCGGCCCCCUCCACACCGGGAACGCGCACGGCAGCGGCGGCGGCUCCGAGCCCGGAACGCUCCGUCCCCGCAGCGGGCGAGAGGCGGCCGCGGGGCGCCUCCAUGCCGCUGCCGCUACCACCGCCCCCCUCCGCAGCGGGCAGGACGCCUGCGCCGUGCGCUGCCGGCAGGAGGCCGGGGGCGGGGGCUCCGGCAGCGGCGCCGCAUCCAGAGCAGGUUGCGGCGGGGACGGGACCAGCAUGAGCUGCGGGCGCUGAGGCUCCGCCGCCCAGCCCGGCCCAACCCGCCCGCUGCGCGGAGACAAAGGAGCGAGGCCGCCGCCGCCGACAUGGGGGAGCGGCCCCGAGCCCAGCCUGGCGCCCCGCCGGCUGCAGCCGCCCCCUCCGGCUCGCUGCUCAACGGGCUGCUGCACAACGGCUUCCACCCGCCGCCGCCGCCGCUGCUGCGCCAGGAGCCGCCGGUGCCCGGCCACGGCUCCCCGGCCAAGAAAUGCAGGCUGCGGAGACGGCUGGACUCGGGCAGACGGAACAGGCCGCCAUUUCCGUGGUUCGGAAUGGAUAUUGGUGGAACAUUGGUUAAACUGGUCUACUUUGAACCAAAAGACAUUACAGCGGAAGAGGAACAGGAGGAAGUAGAAAACCUGAAAAGCAUUAGGAAAUACUUGACUUCCAAUACAGCCUAUGGUAAAACUGGCAUUCGCGAUGUCCAUCUUGAACUGAAAAACUUGACCAUGUGUGGACGCAAAGGGAAUUUGCACUUCAUCCGCUUUCCCACUUGUGCCAUGCAUAGGUUCAUACAGAUGGGUAGUGAAAAGAACUUCUCCAGCCUGCACACUACACUUUGUGCCACGGGAGGCGGGGCUUACAAGUUUGAAGAGGACUUCAGAACGAUUGCUGACCUGCAGCUCCAUAAACUGGAUGAGCUGGACUGCUUGAUCCAGGGCCUGCUGUAUGUUGAUUCUGUUGGGUUUAAUGGCCAGCCAGAGUGCUAUUAUUUUGAAAAUCCCACAGAUCCUGAACAGUGUCAGAAAAAGCCUUACUGCCUUGAUAAUCCAUAUCCAAUGUUGCUGGUUAACAUAGGCUCAGGGGUCAGCAUCCUAGCAGUGUAUUCCAAGGACAACUAUAAAAGAGUUACAGGGACCAGUCUCGGAGGUGGAACGUUCCUGGGCCUGUGCUGUUUGCUGACUGGCUGUGAGACUUUUGAAGAAGCACUAGAAAUGGCAGCUAAAGGAGACAGCACCAAUGUCGAUAAACUGGUAAAAGAUAUUUAUGGGGGAGACUAUGAACGAUUUGGCCUUCAAGGAUCUGCUGUAGCAUCAAGCUUUGGCCACAUGAUGAGUAAAGAAAAAAGAGAUUCCAUAAGUAAAGAGGACCUGGCCAGAGCUACCUUGGUCACUAUCACCAACAACAUUGGCUCCAUUGCUCGCAUGUGUGCAUUGAAUGAGAACAUUGACAGAGUGGUGUUUGUAGGAAACUUUCUCAGAAUCAAUAUGAUCUCUAUGAAGGUGCUAGCGUACGCUAUGGAUUAUUGGUCCAAGGGACAGCUGAAGGCUCUAUUUUUGGAACAUGAGGGAUAUUUUGGAGCUGUUGGGGCCCUUCUGGAAUUGCUUAAAAUGACAGAAGAUCAGUGACAAAGCCAACUGGAAGUAGAUACCUGACAAAGAUGCUGCUGGAUAGAAUGAAAGUCACUAUAAGGAUGGAAAUGAAGCCAUUAUGGCAGUUCUACCUGCUGGAUUUGUAAAUAAUUUAAAAUCCUUUUAGCUGAUCUCUCUAACUUUUGGGUUUUGAGCUUAUACUUCAAAAUUCAUACUGGGAAUAAAAAGGUUUUUUCUGUAUACUGUAUUUUUUAGGGGGGGAGAAAAAACUGUGCAACGUGGCCAAACAUGCAGAUUUUAUGUAUUGAUUUUAAAAAGUGCAUACUGUUUAAAAAAGGACCUAUACUAUGAGAGACCUGCGUUUCUUCUGGGGUUUACUGAUUAGUGUGGUAAUUUUAACUUCAUCUAGUAAUCACUCUAGGAGAUUUUUAUCUUAUAUUUUUCAUGACGUUUCAUGAUUUACUCUUGGUUUCAAAUGAAACUACAAAGCUGGCACAUUUUACUGUGAACACUAAACUAAUUGAUUUUGUUGCCUUCACUUUUUUUAUUUAAAAAGAUACUCUUCCCUCUCAUCUCUCCUCCAAAAAGAUGCCCUUUCUUUGACUACACGUGUUUCUGUUAACGAAGAGGCAGUAGCAGACACGCUGAGAUGGGGAUAAGAUUUGUGUAGUCACUGGCACCUUUUGAAGUCAUGAACAUGAGUUAACUGCUCAUUGUGUCACCAAAGCCCCUUGCAUUUUGGCCUAUUCCUUUCUGAAAUUUUUGAUUACUGGGUCAAAACUAAAACAAAAUCUUGUUAUGGUAAAAUUCAUCUAUAAAAAGAGCUCUGCGGUACAGAUAUUAUUUAUACAGUAUAUACUUAGCAUUAGAAAAUAACAAGGGAGAGUAAUUUCAAUAUGUCUGAGGACUUUACUGUAGUAAUUACAUAACUUUUUAAAUUUUGUCUUCAUCAGAUUUGUUAUUGUUAUUCAAAUCCCACUUUCUAAAAUUAGAACCAAUACUUAUUGUAUCAUAUAUUGGAUUAGGAACAAAAGUUUAAUUUUGCCUCCAGGACUUGGUAAAGUCUGAGUAUUUUUUCCUAAAUCAUUCUGUCUUACAAAUCUGUAUUUGAAAUACAUCCUUUUUCAUGUGUCACAUGAUAUACAGGGUCCAUCAGAGGGACAGUAUAAUUUUAGGGAGCAUGUGUUCUCGCUGAUGUAUUUUGAUUUUAUGUUUUUGUUUCUGAACACAGUCAUUAAUUUCCAUCUCUCUCAAACCUUGGAUAAAUUGAUACUAACAGAAGUGUUGACUUGUCUGCUAUAAAUAAAGCCCUUUACUGUGUGAUGGUUUUUAA